AUGCUCUACCUUGAAGACGGACUGGAGGACCUCAAUAACAGAUCCCGCAGACAAAACAUACGCAUCAGGGGCAUACCCGAAACAGUCCUUCCAGACGCCAUUCUCCCCACAAUCAAAGCAAUCUUCCAGUCCCUCCUCCCUAACGCCUCAGACCAAGAAUUAUACAUAGAAAGGGCACACAGAGCCCUGCGUCCCCCAACCUACAACCCCAACACGCCACGGGAUAUCAUAAACGAAACUCCUAUACUUUCCAGUCAAAGAACAGCUUAUGAAAGCGGCAAGAUCCCACCAGCCUACCUACCAAGACCAACAAAUACACUUCUAUCAGGACUUAGCACCGACCACACUGAAGAAACGCCGGGAGCUCAAGCCCCUUACCACAGCCUUGAUCGAAUCCGGAUGGCGCUACAUGUGGGGACACCCCUUCAAACUGUCGGUGAAAAAGGGGGAACAAUCAUUCACCCUCCAUCAGGUAGCAGAUAUGCAAGACUUUGCCGACCAUCUUGGGAUAACCUUACGCUACCCAGCACAAGACCCCAACCAAGCCACGAAAGAGACUGCGAGCCGCAGAGGAGGGCCCCGUACGCUCCCAACACGCCCGCAACCCAAGCGAGGGUCUCCGCCAACGCAACCAGAGCAAGACGACAUGAACACCUGAUAGGCUCAAAAGACGGCAACUGGCACCAACCCCAUACCGGGAACCUGAAACCAACCCAGGGCCGCAAACCACGGACUCUAAAAGACUGGUAG